UGCUUUCAGUGGAGUCUGCACACGAGGAGGAACACAGGCACACUGAGGCAGGAUGGUCAGUAACAGCAUGACGGCACACACAACUGUUUUACUGCUGCUGCUAUUGGUCUUUUGCGGCUGGUGCUACGCAGUAGCUGAAGGAGAAGACUGCUGUUUGUCAACCCUGGACAAAACUAUCCCACACAAAAUGGUGAAGUCUUUCUACUUGCAGACAGUAGACAAGGGCUGCAAUGUUUCUGCCACAGUGUUUGUCACAAAAAAGGGGAGAAAACUCUGUGCACCUCCUCUGACAAAAAGUGACUGGGUUAGAAAACUGACUGAUAGAUUAAAGAAAACCCCCAAAAGGAAAUCCAAAGGUAAGAAGCAGUAGAGGACAAUUUCUGACCUAAAGAUGGAGAAAUGCAGGUCCAGUGUCAGGAUGACCCUCGAGUUCACUCUGAGACGCUGAUCCCAGGACACCUGUCUGUGGGCUCUCACACUCCUGUGGGGUGGUCUCUGGGUUGAAGCCCAAAACUGAAACCACAGCCAAGGGAGCAAACUCUUAUCUAACAUUACUAAGAUAUUAUUAUUUAUCUGUGUAUCCCAACCAACCACCAACAACACUGCUAAAGCUAUGAGCUUGUUUAUCUUUGAAAGACCAGAAGAUGGACGCUGUCAGUGGAUGGUUUAUUUUACUAGUCCUGUUUGUAACUACUGUAUAUCACAUGAAGCUAUGUAUGUGUAGGCAUAAGCUGUGUAUUUUUAUUAUUAAUGUAAAUGCAGGUUUCUACUGUGCAGUUGUACAAAUAAAGUUUUUUAUUGUAUUUA